AUGUCGAGAACAGAAUCUCCGUCACUGGGAUUCCCUGGGCCAAUCGCUAACGGAAUGGUGUCGAAGGCGAUUCGUUUCACCCUGGGCUUCUGCCUCGUGAUCGGGGGGAUUUCCUUGCCCUCUGUGAGUGGCUGGGAACGAGAGGCAAUAUUGGAUCCAUUGGGCAAGGUGCACUUGGCAUGGACACCCCAUCUCGAAACCAAGGUCAUCGAGUUUGAAUACACCGUCCAGACCUUGGGAUGGGUGGGGUUGGGAUUCUCUCCCACAGGAGGGAUGCGAGAUUCAGACGUCAUCACGGCUUGGAUCAAGAACGGACAAGUUUUCUUCAACGAUAGACACGUGCCUGUAGACCAUGAACUUCCGAGAGUAGACGAUGUGUCCAAUUACAAUCUGAUUUCUGCUGUGGAAACGGACACAGCGACCAUCAUUCGAUUCUCGAGGGAAUUCGACACCUGCGACCUCGAACAGGACUUCCACAUCACGGGAGACACGAUCAAAGUGAUAUAUGCCUACGGAGAAACAGAUCCAGAUGGAGCGGAUCCAUAUUAUCACGGAAUCGACAGCAGGGGAACGAAAUCCUUGUAUCUACUCGACCCUCCACUAGGUGAGAUCCCGGACGAUCCUUCGAUCAAGGAAUGGAUUGUGAGCAGCGAAAUGGUGAUUCCGGAAGUAGAUACGACUUAUUGGUGCUCCAUCCAGAAGACACCCGUAGUGGACGUCACAAACCACAUCAUCGGCUACAAGCCGUACGUGAAGCCAGGGAAUGAAAAGUACGUGCAUCACCUGCUCCUUUACGCCUGCAGCAUCCCGGAUGAGCUGGUGGACGUGUUCAACUCGUGGGCGGAGCAUGACGGGGUCCUGUGCUACGGUCCCGAUCACCCUCAGGAAUGGUAUCUGUGUCGAAGCAUACUCAUCGCAUGGGCUGUGGGUGGUGAGGGAGAGACCUAUCCGGAGAACGUGGGAUACGUUUUGCCUGAGGGUGGAAUGUUCUUCAUGAUGGAAAUGCAUUACGAUAAUCCUGAAAUGGAGUCAGGCAUCCAGGAUGAUUCCGGCCUCACCGUCUACUACACGGACGUCCUUCGACCCCUGGAAAUGGCCACGCUAGAAGUCGGAUCCGCCGUCUACCCUGCAGAGAGGUCUGAUCGACUCCAUACAAAUGUACAGAUCAUCCCAUCGAGACAGAAGCAGUUCUUCCAUGCCGGCCACUGCAGCUCCCUCUGCACUUCGACCGUCUUCCCGCCCGAAGGGAUCCAUGUCUUCUCCGGCCUUCUCCAUUCUCACUUGAUCGGUGGGUUCCAUCGAGCAUUUGGAUCCGUUCUCAUUCUGGAUCCGCUUUCGGAACGAUUCAGAGGAGACACGAUCAAAGUGAUAUAUGCCUACGGAGAAACAGAUCCAGAUGGAGAGGAUCCAUAUUAUCACGGAAUCGACAGCAGGGGAACGAAAUCCUUGUAUCUACUCGACCCUCCACUAGAGCAGAUCUUCUCGAAUCUUUAA